UGCACCCUCAUGGUCCUGUUUGGUGUAACCUGUCUGGAGUAGAAGGGGAAAUAGGUGAGUCCUUGCUGCACUUCCAGGAUCAGGGAUGUGCAGGUUUUGGAAGGUGCUAACACACGUUAGCUGGAGGUUUGGAAUGGGAGAUGAUGGAUCCCAAGUCAUUCAGGACAGUUGGGAACCACACCAGUGUGUAAAGAACACCCCUGGCUUGGAUUUUUGGGAGUGAGCUAAUGAGCUUUCCCAAUUUUAAUUGCUUUUCUGGCCUGGCAUGGACAGUUCAGUGUCCUGUUUUCCUGGACAAAGGGUUUUGGUCCUGCUUCCUGAGCAGCCUGAGAGAAUAAACCCAGGGAGCUUUUCAGGACACGUGGCUGCUCGUGGGCUCUGAGCUCUGCCGGGGGGAGACACAGAAAAGUGACGUGGGGGAUUCUGUGCAAUUCCAGCUGCUGGAGAAAAGACCUUGUUCUUAAAGACCAUCUGUGCCCUGGCACUCAGGGAUUUAGGAUCUCACCCUCUGCCACAAGAAAUCUCAGCUACGUCAGCCAGACGUGUAUUGAGGGAGAGAAUGUGGAUUUGAGAUUGUAUUCAGGGAGAGAACAUGGAUGUGGGGGUGGUAUUGAGGGAUAGAAUAUGGAUUUGGAAUGGUAUUGAGAGAGGGAGAGAGCAUGGAUUUGAGGUGCAAACCACUGUCUCCAGGUGGCCAGGGCUGAUUCCCUGCAGCCAUAACUCUGCAGACCCCUGUGGCACAAGGAAGCUUCACUUGGCCCUAUCCAAAGCCAGAAACCUUUUCCUCCAAAGAAAUUCACAGAUUUUUACAAAACCUGCCUAUAAACCUUGAAGAGGCUUGGUUUGGGAAUACCAGACAGCAUUGGAGAGGGGACUGGGAAAGAGAGGACCUGCCAUCCCUCUCCAAAGGCUUUCUUGCAAAUACCUUCUGUGGCCUCUUCCCUUGGAGGAAUUGUUUCCUUGUGCCAGCAAAUGAGGAAUUACUUAAAUAUUCCUGCUUGAUGUUGUGCUGAAUGGCUCUGAUGUACUGCAGGCUUUUUGUUCAGCUGGAAAAUGUUUUAGUGGAUAAAGAUGUGUAGAUGGUAUCGAGGCCCUUCCUCAGAUAUGGAAAAUUUUCUUCAUCAGAAGGUGGAUUUUAAGGAAUUUGUGUGGAAAGGUCAGAGCAGAGCUCAUGUGAUCGAGCAAAUUCCUUUAAAAAUUAAAAAGAGCCCUUGCAGUGACCUGAGUCACCAACCAGGAGAGGGAGAAUGAGGAGAAGGUCUGACCCUGCAAAAAUGAUGCACCUUCCUGCAGGGAUGUGGGAGUAGGGCCGUGGAUAAAUCCAGGCCUCAAAUUCAGUUGCUUCCUUAUUUAAAGGGAUAAAAAUUGAUAGGUAUGCUGUAGGAAGUAAUGUUUUUUAUAGACAUGGAUUUAAUCUCAUUUUCAACUUGUGCAGAGCCAGAGGAGGCUGGGUUUGCUUCUCUUUAAAGGGGGUGAAAGAAAAGUUUGCUUUGUUUUCUUUCUCACGUGCUGUUUGUGCAAAACCUUCCUCUCCUGCCCUUCCUGCAGCCCCAAACCUCUCCCUCAGCUGUGCCACCACUCCACUUCCUCUUGCACAAACAAACAGCCUUGAUAACAUCAAACCCCCCAAAAAACAGCCAGACACCCAGGGGAGGGAGAGCUGACAAACCCUUCCUAAAGCCCAGGCAAUCCUGCAGCAAAUCAAGGUUUCCUUGGAGUCAUCCCGAGUCCUCCCCCUCGGCAGGGUGUGGCAGAUUCCUGAGAACGGGCUCACCCUGUCCCUGACAGAGCCUGUGGUAGUGCUAGAAGGCCAUUCCAAGAGAGUUGGCAUCGUGGCCUGGCAUCCGACAGCGCGGAACGUGCUGCUCAGCGCAGGCUGUGAUAAUGCCAUCAUCAUCUGGAAUGUGGGAACAGGAGAAGCCCUCAUCAACCUGGAUGACAUGCACGUGGACAUGAUCUACAACGUGAGCUGGAAUCGCAACGGCAGCCUCAUCUGCACAGCUUCCAAAGACAAAAAAGUCCGAGUUAUUGACCCCAGGAAACAAGAAAUUGUUGCUGAGAAGGAGAAAACCCAUGAGGGAGCCCGGCCCAUGCGAGCCAUUUUCCUGGCAGACGGGAACAUCUUCACCACCGGCUUCAGCCGCAUGAGCGAGCGGCAGCUGGCCCUGUGGAACCCGAAAAACAUGGAGGAGCCAAUAGCCCUUCAUGAGAUGGACACCAGCAAUGGGGUCCUGCUGCCCUUCUACGACCCAGACACCAACAUCAUUUACCUGUGUGGGAAGGGUGACAGCAGCAUCCGCUACUUCGAGAUCACGGAUGAGUCCCCGUACGUUCACUACCUCAACACCUUCAGCAGCAAAGAGCCGCAGAGGGGCAUGGGGUUCAUGCCAAAGAGGGGCCUCGACGUCAACAAGUGUGAGAUUGCCAGGUUCUUCAAGCUCCACGAGAGGAAGUGUGAGCCCAUCAUCAUGACGGUUCCCCGCAAGUCUGACCUCUUCCAGGACGACCUGUACCCGGACACAGCCGGCCCAGAAGCAGCUCUGGAAGCAGAGGAGUGGUUUGAGGGGAAGAACGCUGAUCCUCUCCUCAUCUCCUUGAAGCACGGGUACAUUCCAGGCAAAAACAGGGAUCUCAAGGUGGUCAAGAAGAACAUACUGGACAACAAACCUGCUGGGAACAAGAAGAGUGAUCUCAUAAACGCUCCAAAGAAAGCAGCGGAUGCCUCAAACUCCCAAAACGACGCCAAAUUGGAUGAGAUUUUGAAGGAGCUGAAAUCCAUCAAGGACACGAUCUCCAGCCAGGACGAGCGCAUCUCCAAGCUGGAGCAGCAGAUGGCCAAGAUCGCGGACUGACGGGGCCGCCAGCCCAGGCACAUCCCAGCUCCCAGUUCAGCCAGCAGCAGCCUGCAGCAUUCCAGUACGAGCUUUCCUGUUCUCCUAAAUCCACGUCAAGAGAGCCGAUGAUUUCAAGCCAAGCUUUUUAGUGAAAGAUCUUUUUCGUUUCCCGAUGUUCCAAUGAAUUUCUGUGACUGUGUCAAAAACAAGAAGUGCUACUUUUACAGGUUUUUUUGGGUUUUUUUUCCCAGAUGUUAUUAUGAAUCCUUGAAAAACUAAUCCAUUCUUGACUUCCAAUGUCAUGCCCAAAUAUCUUUUUCUAGAUUUAGGGACCAACGCCACAUUGUUCUUAAACUUUUUUUUUUUUUUUAGAGUUGCCAAAAAAUAGAAAAAAAAAUCGCUUUUAUUUUUCUUAUUUGCCACUUCUGCAGUAUUUGUGUUUCCAUUCCAAGGGACAGGGGGUGUGGGGGCUGUUUACACUGUGCAGAGAACAAAGCUGAAGCUAUUUUGUAUAAAUCCUCCAUUUGGAAAAAUCAGGUGGGUUCCCUUCCUUUCUCUUCCCUGUGGAAUCCCCUUGGAGAUGGGAUCAGCUGCCUUUCCUGCUCCACGUGUCCCCAGCCCUGUUGGCUGACAGAAAAAUACAAAUAUAUCAUUCUGAAUGAGGGGAUUUAUUUCCUACUGAAGUUUUAAGCCAGCACCAUGUUCCCGUUUUUCUUACAAUUCCAAGGUUUGGUUCCAUGACCAAACUCACUCAUUUUACUUGCUCAUUUUUAUUUCCAUUUCAAGGCAAAAGUGACUUCCAUGCAGGAAUGUUUUUGUCCAUGGAGCAUGGAAUUCCAGGUGAGCUGUGGGAUGCCAGCAGUCAUUGCUGUAAAUCCUUGUUCCUGCCCCCCAACACUCCUGAGCUCAUGGAUUUUAAGGAGCUUUUGGAAUCCAUCAGCCCUUCACACCAGUGCUGAUAAUAGGAAUUUUCUGUGCUUCCAAAGCAGCAUUAGCAGCAGAAAGGUGAUUUUUCCAUGAUAAUUCUCCACAAACAAAAUGCCUCUGUUGCUACUUUUUAUCAUUUGCUUUCUCCUGUCCAUCAUUCCCAUUCCUGCCUCCCACCCUUCCAUGCAGGAAAGGAUUUGUUCCCAGAUCAGAUGAGCGACCUCCAACCCCAACUCCCCCACCCUGCACUCCCAGCCCUUGAGAGCAGAAGGGACUGGGAGGGUGGAUUUGAUCCCAGUUUGGAGAACUGGUUUCUCACACAGCUCCUUUGGGAUCCUGCAGGGAGACGCCCUGUGAGUGCUCUAGUCUGGUCAGCUCCUCCUGGAAUUCCAGGGAAGCUCAGCUCAGUAAAGCUCUGCUCAGGCAGGGUCUGCCCUGUGGAGGAGCUGUCAGGGAUGGGGCAGGCUGGCUCCCUGCUCCCAGGCUCUGUCCUUGUGCUGGGAAUGGGAUCCAGGACACCCCACAAAGCUGUGCCAAGCAGGAUUGGUGCUGCCAUUCCUGGCACGGCCCAUCCCUGCAGUGCCAGGCAGUGCUGAUAACCCAUCCUGAAUCCAAAGGUGGGCAGAGACUAUCAGGUGUCUGAGAGCUCUGGAUCCUUAUCCCAGCUGGACUCUGUCCCUGUGGCAGCUCCGUGUGCUCCCACCCGGAGCAUCCCAGUGGACACGAGUCCCUCAUCCAGGCUGAAGUGAUUGAUUUUUUUUUUUUUAUUUUCCAUUAGUUUAGCUAGGAAUUCUGAUUUUCCAUUUUUUCCAGUGUUUGCAUGUUCAGAAUUCCAGGUUAAGGAUUCCCUGCUGUGGAGGGAUGUGUGUGUGAAGGCAGAAUCGGCCGGGGAUGUAGCUGGAGAGGCACAAGAACGGGAUGGAGGAGACAGAGGAUGUGGUGGGAUUGCAGAGCAGGAAAGCUUCAGAAAAGUGGAAUUUCUGUGUUUUAGGGACAAGUGGCAUCCCCUGCCCUGUGCCCGUGGUUCCACAAUCCGGCUGCUCCAGGUUCUUUGGCUGUUUGGUGACGUUUCUGUAUUGCAGUAAAUGCCUGAGAUGUGUAUUUUUAUGGAUUUUUUUUUUCCUUUUGGAUCCCAAACCCGAAGGUUGUUCUCCCCACAGUGGUGAUUUCUGUGUUGAUUUGUACAUGUGACUUCAGGGUUGUGUGCUCGGGGACCUCGGGUUUGUUCCUAACAUUGGAGGGAAAUCAGUUUUGGGAGCCGCUGGAUUGAGGUGCCCGGGGGUGGGGGUGUGGGAGAUUUUAGUUCCUAGCCUGUAUUUUAUUUAAAUGAACUGAUGCCUCGCCAGGCUCAACCGGAGUCAGUGCCUGAAGCUUUUUGUAGCCGUGAUAUCCCGGGAGAGAACCAGCCCAGUCCGGAAAGACGCGCUCUUAUAGAGCGGCCAGAGUAUCUGUCCAAAUAUUUGCUUCCAUUUUCAAAAGAUAAAAGUCAUUGAUUAUAAACUG